AUGAACACAACCAAGAACGUGUUUGAUGUGUCACCGUUCUUGCUCUUAGAAGCAUCUGCAGAUUCCGAGUCAUAUCGCAGUGUCGGAGGCGCCGCUCAGAUCAAGGGUAGCCACGUCGACGGAGAAUGCAUUAUUAACGAUUACGGUGGUGAUGAUAUUGAGUCUUGUAGUGCCAGUUCGUGCGAGACGUCAUGUGUGACGUGGACGAGCCGGAGACCGAGUGGGUCAGGUUCUGACCCGGAGGGUACGGUGACGGAAGAAAGAGUACCGGCCGCCGGAGAGGAAGAAGACGACGAUGGAGAAGGAGAGGUGAAUAGCUACAUAAGAUGUGGGAGAAGCAAUCUGGCCGUUGAUUCUGGUGCGGUGGUGAGUGAGAUGGAUAAAAGUCGAAUGUUCUGGGAAGCCUGUCUCGCUUCUUGA